GGUCGGUGUGUUAUUGUGUGACACACAGGGAGCACACGUGUGUUUGAGCGCUGGAGGAGUUACUGCAGCAGAGUGAGCUGAAAUUUAAUCUGUGGCUCACUGAUCCUGAUCACAAUGAAGCAUCCAGACUCCGAAACACACCAAGCGAGCAUCUUUCUUGAAGUGUCUCGAGUUGAUGGAGCUGACAGUCUUCCCCUGCACUCGUCCAUCACCCUCUUUCUGCUGUCCUACUCAGAGUGCUCAUCCUUCCAUGUUCAUCUGGUCUCAGAUCAUCCUGACAGCUCACAGGCCUUAUCACACUCAGUCCCGAAGAGCCUGGCCGUGUCUGUGGUGAAGAGAGAAGACCUGCCAACCCUGGUCCGAGCUUGCCGCCUCCCCGCCGUGCUGGACGCUGGUGGGAGCUUCUGCAGGGCAGGCCUGGCGGUGGUGCUGAGACACAUCAUCCAGAGGACCUGUCAGCUGGAGCCCGGCCGCACAGACGUAGCUUCACUGCUGGGCUUCAAGAACACCUGCUUGAAGGCUUGUGCUGAGGUGAGCCAGUGGACCCGGCUGUGUGAGCUGGGCAUCCCCUCUGCUGUGGAGGAGCAUUUACGCAGCCCCACGGAGGAGCACCUCCAGCUGCCUGCUGCCGUCCUGCACCUGGAGCAGCGGCUGGGGGAGCCCGUCAGAGUCCACAACGAUGACAAGAUCCGCCGGCAGAAGCUCCAGCAGCAGCAGAAGAAGAACAAGCGUUCUUCUCAAGCUGUGUCCCAGCAGGAAGGUCCCAGCACGGAUCAGGCUGAGGAAACCCUCCCCUCCUCUCCCUCUGGUGGAGCUCUGAAGGAGGGUCCCAGCAUGGAGGCCCGUUCAGCUGAGCCUCAGCGUGGAGUAGAGCUGAGUGCUGCUCUCGCCAAACUCAGCGUAGAUGCAGUUACAGCGUCGUCCACCAGGGAGAGCUCUGACAUAAGGAAAGUGAAGACCACGGAGCUGCCGGAGCUGGAGCAUGUCUUUGCGGAGGGGCUUUACUUCACCCUCACCGACGUGGUUCUGCUGCCCUGCAUCCAUCAAUACCUGUGCUCUCUACAGCAGCAUGCUCCUCGUCUCCUGCCCAGCCUCCCUCUUCUCCUCCGCUGGUACCAGCGUGUUCAGGAGCUCCCCGGGGUCCGCCGUGCUGCUGAGGAUUGUGGGAUGGCUCUAUUCAGCCCCCAGGUCAAGACGCCCUUCUACUCUCCACCUGAAGCUCCCCGGGGCACUGAAGCAGAGCCGGAAAAGCCCAAGCCCUCACAAGAGCACUUCAUAGGAGGCCCCAGGCCAACACUUACCAAACUCCAGGAAAAUGGCAUUGAGGCCAUCUUCUCACCGCACCCCUGCCCUUCAUGGACACUCCCCUGGGAGAGCCUGCCUGCUGCUGUCAACCCCACUGAAGGUAAGAUGUCAGACACUCGUGCUCUGCGUAAACGGCAGCAACUAAACAAUCUUGUCGCAAUGGUGACAGAACAGGCACGCCCAGGACACACUAUAGUGGACUUCUGCAGUGGUGGGGGUCAUGUUGGGAUUGUUAUGGCGCACAGACUUCCUGAGUGUCAGGUCAUCCUUAUCGAAAACAAGGAAGAGUCUCUGUUGAGAGCCAAAGAAAGAAGUUCACAGCUGGGGCUUAAAAACAUCGGCUUCAUCCAGGCCAACCUCGACUACUUCACAGGAGCUUUCCAAAUAGGGGUGGCUCUGCAUGCGUGUGGUGUGGCGACGGAUAUGGUGCUGGACCGGUGUGUGCAGGCCGCAGCGGGGUUUGUGAUCAGUCCAUGCUGUUACGGCUUCAUCCAGAACACACUCAAGUUCAAUUUCCCCAGGAGCAAGAAAUUCUCUGAGACGUUGACGAAUAAGGAGCACAUGAUCUUGUGCAGGUUUGCUGACCAGACAGCUGUCCAGCUUCCCCCUGAGCGGCGCUUCAUUGGUAAGUGCUGUAUGGGCCUGGUAGACUUGGACCGCAGCUUGGCCGCAGAGACUCAUGGGUACUCGGUGAGAAUGAUGACCAUGGAGCCUGAGAGCUGCUCUCCAAAGAACAACAUGAUCGUUGGGGUCCCCGCUGCCAAUGACAAAGGAGUUGAUAAACAGCUUUAAUGUAGGACCUAGAAUGUAGCCCUGAGGAACGCCACCCUCACAACCCGUAGAAUCCUUUAUAUAGGAAUAAAUGGCUACUUUGUAAUGACUGUAGGUUAUGGGGACCUGCUGAGUCCUAAAAAUUGGAUGAAGAUAGUCUCUUUUAAUAUUUUUUUGUAUUAUUAAAUUUUUACCUUUUUUUUUUUUUUUUACUUUUUUUUUUGCUACAGUAUAUUUGCAGUCACAACCUCUUUCAUAUGAACAUCAUAAUAAAGUGAAUUUCAUUCAUUUUAAGACACAGGGUUGUACAGGUUUAAUGUAGGGCCUAGAAUGUAGCCCUGAGGAACACCACCCUCACAACCGGUAGAAUUCUUUAUAUAUGAAUAAAUGGUGACACUUUGAUGACUGUAGUUUAUGGGCUACAUAAGUUUUUUAAGCUUUAGUUUUUUAUAUUAGUUUUAUUAUCUUGUAGGAAAGAUUUUCCUUUUAUUGUGAACUGCUAGCAAUUUUUUUUGUUUACUUACUUAUUAUUUUUUUAAUGCUAAGGCUCUUUCAUAUGAACUUCAUACUAUAGUGAAUUUCAUGAAUUUUAAGCAGAUAUUUGUAAUCUGACCCAUGGUUCAGUAUCAAGGUUGCUUUGCUUGCUGUGUUGUUUAUUUGUAUGUUGUCUGCAGAAGCCAGAUCUCCAGCACACAGAGAGCAGAGCUCCACACAGGGAAAAGGUUUUAAAUUAGGCCUUUACACAGGGAAAAGUACAUUUAGGAGCAUUUAAUGUAGGGCCUAGAAUGUAGCCCUAAGGAGCACCACACAUACACUUUGUUUUCUUUAAGUAUUUCACCUUUUUUAUUUUGUAGAAAAGGUUUUCCUUUCAUUGUGAACUGCUAGCAAUGCAUUUUUAUUUACUUACUUAUCAAUUUGUUUUUAUUUUUUUUUAAUGCUAAGUCUCUUUCAUAUGAACUUCAUACUAUAGUGAAUUUCAUGAAUUUUAAGCAGAUAUUUGAAUGUGUAAUCUGACCCAUGGUUCAGUAUCAAGGUUGCUUUGCUUGCUGUGUUGUUUGUUUAUUUGUUUGUUGUCUGCAGAAGCCAGAUCUCCAGCACACAGAGCAGAGCUCCACACAGGGGAAAAGUGCAUUCAGGAGCUGCAGAAAUUGGCCAUUGCUUCAGAUGCUGUUUGCAAAUUAGGCCUAUUGGAUUCUGUAAUGCCAUCCAGCAUAUUCUGCUCUGCUAUUACAUCUAUCUGCCAAUAAAAUACAGUGACAAAUGAGUUGUACAGGUUUAGUGUAGGACCUAGAAUGUAGCCUUGAGCAACACCACCCUCACAACCUGUAGAAUCCUUUAUAUAGGUAUAUAGGAAUAAAUGGUGACUCUUUGAUGACUGUAGUUUAUGGGGACUGUAUUUUUUUGUAUUAGUUUUAUGUUUGAGUAGAAAAGGUUUUCCCUUCAUUGUGAACUGCUAGCAAUGCAUUUUUAUUUACUUACUUAUCUCUUUUUUUUUUUUAAUGCUAAGGUAGCAGUCGCAACCUCUUUCAUAUGAACUUCAUACUAUAGUGAAUUUCAUGAAUUUUAAGUAGAUAUUUAAAUGUGUAUCCUGACCCAUGGUUUAAUAUCAAGGUUGCUUUGCUUGCUGUGUUGUUUGUUUAUUUGUUUGUUGUCUGCAGAAGCCAGAUCUCAAGCACACAGAGAGCAGAGCUCCACACAGGGAAAAAGUGCAUUCAGGAGCUGCAGAAAUUGGCCAUUGCUUCAGAUGCUGUUUGAAAAUUAGGCCUAUUGGAUUCUGUAAUGCCAUCCAGCAUAUUCUGCUCUGCUAUUAUCUGCUAUUAUGAGCGAAACAAAGGGAAGUGUCUCGAAAGAGCCUGUCUCAUCGCAGUUAUUACCGAUGUAAAAUUAUUCAUUAUAAUCUGACGCUCUCUCUUAGCAGAAAGCCGGGAUGCAUUCUUUAAUUUGGGUCUGCGGAGGUAUUUGAUUAAAACCGCCGGGAAUGAAUAUCGCCAGACAUUUAUCAUGCUCUCCGCACGGCGGCCUUGGGGAGGGAGGAGGAUUAUUUCGGAAGCGGCCCGUCGUACGCGUGUCUAAUGCAUCCUCUGUCAUGAAUAUUUGAUGAAUGCUCGGAUGAUGUAAAGGUCACCGCGCUCUGCUGGACCACAGUGAGUGUGCCGACCUGCCUCUGGACUAUAACGCGCUGUGAUAUAUGGACUCUCUCAGUCCACUCUCCUUUUAUUUACUCUCCUCCUCCUGCGUCUCGGGGCCGGAUUGUUAUUGAGCGCACACACAUUCCCACCCCCCGAUUUACCGUGGUGUCACACUUUGGAGAUGGAGAGGGAAAACUGCUCUUCCACUGUGGGGGAAGAAGUGGCUAGCACCAAUACACAUGCAUACACACACGCACACACACACUCACACACACCAGGCUAGCAAAGCUCAUCUGAAUUCUGCAAGCGAAGUCAAUCUACCCAAGACUGAAUGGCUGGAGACACGGCGGCACCUUCCAACGAGCUGGAAUCAUUUCAGGGGGGAAACGUGCAUGACAGAAAUACAUAUGGCCAAGAAAGGAGGGGACAGUCGUGCUGUGGAGAGCUGCGGCUUCUUCUUUAAGAGGGAGAGGGGAAUUACUGCCUUCUGAAGAGAGGAGUAAAGGAGGAGAGAGCAGUCACUCCUCGCUCUCUUUCACUUAUUCUCUCUUUCAGUUGUAAAAAUUAAAAACAGGGUUAGAUAGAUUUAUGUGCUUCAGUGAAGGUGCACUUUAAAACAAAUGCGUUUUUAGAAAAAGUGCACUGAUAUGGAAAAAUUGUGGGAUAAUGGCAGUACCUGAUGUUUUUUAUGAGAUUUUUUUUUUUUUUUUUUUAGAUCUGAUUGUAAAUGCAUAAAUGCUGGAAACAUUGAAAACAUGUGCAUUCACAUUCUGCUCUUGUGAACUCUUGUAGAGUUCAUCAAAUAAAAUCAAAUAUUAGUCAAAA